GCAUUUUCCAAUAAUCAAGCUCCAAACCACUGGCUGUCUUGUCCAUGCUAGUAAAAUAUUAACAGAGGUAUCUGGUUGUCAUGGCAAGAUGAGAGGUGGUUCUGGACGUAAUCUCAUUUGGGGGGUGGAGGGGAGAUGCAGAAAAAUGAGAUCAUGACAAUGUCGGCAUAUAAAUGAUCAGAGCACGAGUUAGCUGGCAGACUGCAACCUCUGUGAAGGAGACCGUAACAAGUGGGAAUUGGAGACACAAGCGGACUGGGUUAAAAUAAACCAAGAAGUUUUUGUCUUUCAAUACUAAAGGGAUCCAUUCUUCCCUAGUGGUGCCUGCGCUAUAGUUUUGGAAACAUGUGUUGUGGAGGUUGUGCAAAGUGCCUUGGAGGUACUCUCAUUCCUCUGGCCGUGCUAUGUACCCUUGCUAAUAUUUUGUUGUUUUUCCCCGGAGGAGAGGUCGAAACCAGUGACCAUAUUUCAGAUGAAGUUUGGUACUUUGGAGGGAUCUUGGGUUCUGGUGUACUGAUGGUAUUUCCUGCUUUAGUCUUCCUGGGUCUUAAGAAUAACGAUUGCUGCGGGUGCUGUGGUAAUGAAGGUUGUGGAAAGAGGUUUGCGAUGUUUACUUCCAUAAUAUUUGCGGCAGUUGGAGUUGUGGGGGCUGGAUACAGCUUUGUUGUGUCGGCUGUCGCCAUGAACAGAGGCCCUAAGUGUCAGGUAGCAAACAGCACCUGGAUGUAUCCCUUUGAGAACGGGGAGUAUCUGACUGACCAUAAGUUAUGGGAAGACUGCACAUUUCCAGAGUCCAUCGUUCCCUGGAACUUGACUCUGUUCUCUCUACUGCUGAUAAUGAGCGGAGCUCAAUUGGUGCUGUGUGGCGUCCAAGUUAUCAACGGACUCCUUGGAACGCUGUGUGGGGACUGUAAAUGCGGAUGCUGUGGGGGAGAUGGAGCAGUUUAAAUAUACAGAGACUGCAGAAAUCACCUCUUACGAGGCCGAAAAUGCCCUGCCAGACCUUGAUAUGAUGGGCCAAGCCAAGUACACACUAAGCACAUCUAGAAUGAAGGGUGUUAGAAAGAGCCCUGACGGCAUUUCCCCUUCACAUCUCCCAAUGAGUUUUGCAACUGUUUGGGCUAUAUAGCAGGGGUGAGAAGAAAAUGUCCAGCCCAAGGUCCUCGUUCCCUCUUGGCCAACCCUACCAAACCACACACACAUGCAUGCAGACACAUCAGUUGUCCGCCUGACCCUAAAAAGACAUUUUAGCCUGUUCCAGUUCUCAUUGCUGGACCCGUGGUAGAAAUCUUCCUGGAGACCGCAGCUGGGGAAAGAGGUUUAAUCUUUCCCAGCUGCUCCCAACUAUGCCCUCCAUACUGCAAGAAGGCUUUGUCCAAGCCUAAUUGCAGUGAGGGAGAGGCAGUGGGAACGGGGGGUGCUGGGUGGGGUGCUUGCAAGAGCAGUGGUCUAAUUAUGGUUGCCGUGUAAGGACCUGGGCAGCCUUUUUAAAAAAUGAAAAGCCAGCCAGUUCAUUUUUGUCUACUUCAAUACAACCCCAAAAUUAGAAUUUCUGGCCUUGAAAUGUUGGCAACCCAGAAGCAUCUCCCUGUUCCUCUUUCUCCCCAGCUGGGGGAGUUACUUUUACGUGAAUACUGACCUCCCUAUCACCACUUAUAAUAUAUGGGGAACAUUGUUCAGCCUGAGGGCCAUGUUUUAUUCUGUGUAACCUUGUGAGGGCCAAACAACAGUGGGUUGAGGGCCAGAGACAAAAGUGGGUGGGGUCAAGAAUGUAAAUACUAUCUUUAUACAGUUUCUACAGCCACCCCUCUGUCCUCCACUCAGGCGAGUAAGAGGCCUUGUCAAAGGUCCAGGGCACGUUCCAGCCAGGCACAAACAGUAAAGGAGGGUGUGAAGCUGGCCCAGUGAAGGUUGUGGCCUGCAGAGUCCGAAGGGCCAGAGAAAGAGGUCUGAAGGGUCAUGUUUGCCUCCUAGGUCUGAGGUUUCCCACCUCUGCUAUAAUUAUGCUGAGUCUUGUUUGCCAUGUGGAAAGAUGACAACCCCCAUGCUUCCAGAACUGAAGCAUAACUGUAGACUUCCUGACUGGACUUGGGGUGGCCAAGAGAGCCAAUAUUUGUAUACACCGCAUCCCAAUGAGGCUUUUGUGCUCGAUUACUACAUGUCAGGAGAAGUUUAGCAGAGGCAGCUGUGUUGCAGUGAGAAAAGCUGCUGCUCCUCCUCCCUUCUUUUGGACAUGUCUGUUAUAGGCACAGAACCUUCCUUUGAAUUGAUUUGUUGCUCAUAAGGGUUGCCAGAUAAUUUCUGGGUUUGCUCCUGGGCUUUUAAAAGCAGCGUUGCAAAGAACUUCUAGAAAUAGCACAGGGAUUGGAAAGCUAUGGUCCUUUGUUGUCUUCCCUGGCCAUGGUCCAUGCUGCCAGAAGUUGAUGGGAGUAGCAGUCCAACAACAUCUGGAGGGUCAUAGGUUCCCCAAUCCUAAAGCAGAGGUCUUCUUUGGCAUGAGGGUUUAAGUGCUGAAGGAAAGCUUCAGCUUUCUGCGUCUUUGAAGACACGGGAGCAAAACCAAGGGGGAAGCUGUCAGCUCUGGCCAAGCAUAUUUGUGAGCUUCUGCUGAUUAUUAGCAGCUAAUACAAAUUCUGAUGUUAUUUUAAUGAUUGCCCCCGAUUUAUUUUAUGCUCAUGGAAUUACAAUUCUGUGACACUAAUAUUUCACUGUAUAUAUUAAGACCUUUGUGCUGGAGUGGGGUUGUGUGCAUGAUAUGCAAAUAAUUAAAGUGUUUUUCAAUUUUC